AUGAAUAUCUUCAGGCUUCUAGCCGAUUUCUCCCACCUCGCGUCGAUCUUCAUUCUUCUGCAGAAGAUGAAGACGUCCAGCAGUUGUACCGGAUUGUCCUUCAAAUCACAAGUGCUCUAUCUUCUCGUCUUCGUCACUCGUUAUCUCGACUUGUUCUGGACCUUCACCGAGUCGCUAUAUCUCACUACCUUUAAGCUCCUCUUCAUUGGAUCUUCAGGCUACAUAAUUUAUCUCAUGCUGAACGACUACAAGCCCACCCAUGACCCAAACAUUGAUACGUUCAAGGUCCAGUACCUUCUUGGAAUCAGUGCUAUUCUGGCUCUUCUCUUUCCUCACGACUAUCGUCUCUCCGAGAUUCUCUGGACGUUCUCUAUUUGGCUGGAAUCUGUCGCCAUCCUGCCUCAACUUUUCAUGCUGCAGCGAACAGGCGAGGCUGACACGAUCACAACGCAUUACCUUUUUGCACUUGGUGUGUACAGGGCUCUCUAUAUCCCGAAUUGGAUAUUCCGGUAUUUCACCGAUGCUUCCUUUCAGCGAUCCUUCCAGCCCGUUCCUAUUAUUGCAGGCAUCGUUCAAACCCUGCUCUACUCGGACUUCUUCUACAUUUACUACAACAAAGUUCUGAAAGGAAAGAGAUUCUCGCUUCCUGUGUAA